CCUUGUAUGGCGAGGGGUUCCCCUCGUCACGCCGGGGCGGUCCAUGUUUGGGCAGCUACGCGCUCGGCGGGGGGAAUCCCGGGCCGGGGUUACCUAGGAGACGGCGGGUAUAAAAGCCGGCAGCGAGCGAGAGGAGCCAUCGUCUCAUCGGAGCGACGACCAGCGAGUCCUCGCCACCGCACCGCCGCACCGCCAUGCUUCUGGAGCGCGAGGACAGCUUCAUGUCGGAGUUCGAGGACGCGUGCAGCCUGUGGGUCGACAGCGUGGGGGACGAGUCCGACGGGGCGGCGCCGCUCUGCCGAGUGUUCUCUCCCAGUACCGACGCCUCCGACUCCGACUUCUUCUCCGACUUCAGCGACUGCUCCUCCGACGCUCUCUCCCCGGCGCCCGGCGCCCCCCCCGCCCCUCCCCCGGCGCUGAGCAGCACGGCGGACGCCAUCCUCAGCAUGAUCACGGAGAUCGUGGGGAUCUGCACCGAGAUGGAGCUGGGGGCCCCCGCCGGGCCCCCGCCCCCGCCGGUGGUGAAGAGUGAGCCGCUGGCCUCCGGCUGCAGGUGUGCGGCCCCCGGGGCCCCCCCCCCCCUGGAGCAGCAGGUGGACGUGGCCGCCUUCCUGGACUCCCUGCUGAGCUCAGAGGCCACGCCCCCCCCCUGCCCCGUGAAGCAGGAGCCCCUGGGGCUGGAGGACUGGCUGAGGAGCCUGGUGCCCGUUACCGGGGUUACCGGGGUUACCGGGGGAGACUCCGGCAGCUACGUCAUCAGCAGGCCGGUGAAGGCGGAGCAGAGCGACCUCCCCCCCCUCCCCUCCACCCUGGACGCUCAGCUGCUCUCCUCCCUCCUGCAGGGCGCGUUCCCGAUAGUCACCAUCGGGGGCGCGCACGCCGCGGGAGCCCCCAAGCCGCCGCGCGGCCGCCGCGCCCCCGCCAAGCACGGGCCCAAAGCCAAGCCGUUCCCGUGCUCCGUGGCCGGCUGCGAGCGCCGCUUCUCGCGCUCCGACGAGCUCAACCGGCACGUGCGCAUCCACACGGGGCAGAAGCCCUUCCAGUGCACCAUCUGCGCGCGCAGCUUCAGCCGCAGCGACCACCUGACCACGCACACGCGCACGCACACCGGGGAGAAGCCCUUCUCCUGCGACGUGUGCGGAAAGCGCUUCGCGCGCAGCGACGAGCGCAAGAGGCACGGGCGCGUGCACGCCAAGCAGCAGCUGCGCGCGCAGAUGAUGGCCGCGUACUCGCUGGCCCUGAACGCGCCCGCGGUCUGA